CCGUCGCUGUGGGAUCUGCAGGUGAGGCUUCUUUCUCCCCUAGCGAUCUCGAUCGUCUGCCGCUCGUUAACUUCCAUAAUCUGUAUAUAUAUAAUAUUCGAUAUAUACGGGGGGAAAAGCUACUCAUCAUGAAGACCACAUUCGCUUUAUUCGUGCCGGCGGUCUCGGCCGCCGUGCUCCCAUCCGCCCCGGCAAAACAGGGUCUCCCGCUAUCCGCCUUCGGCGAGGUCCAUUCCAUCUCCAUCAUCGAGGCUAUUCAGGGAGUCGAUCUCAUCGGAACCAACUUCUCGGCCCUGCCUAUCUCUACUAUUGACGGCCUCAUCGACCCCGUCCUGGACCUGUUCACCCCCAACAGCGGCGACAAAGUAGACGAAGGAAGCUUCAGAACCUCCAGCACCAGCGGUAAUAAGGUGGCGGCCUCACCCUCGCCUUCUCCCUCACCUUCGCCCUCGCCUUCGUCUUUCAGUGUCUCCAGCACUACGGCCGCGGACGACAGUGUGAGCGUCGCCGCCGAGUGCACGAACCCGCACGUGCGGUACGAGUGGGACAACUACUCGACGUCGGACAAGAAGGCGUUUGUCGACGCGCUGCAGUGCCUCAUCAACGCGCCGCCAUCUGGGCGGUUCAGCCCGUCGCGCAAUCGGUACGAAGAUUUCGUGCGCUUACACCAGUCGUAUGCGCCCAACAUCCACAGUACGAGCACCACCCAGCAGACGCACAAGUUCCUCCUCUGGCACCGCUACUACGUGUGGGCCCUCGAGCAGGUCAUGCGCGACGAGUGCGGCUUCAACCGCGCGUUCCCGUGGUGGGACGAGAAGAAGUGGGCUGGUCGCUUCGCCCAGGCCACCAUCUUCACCUCCGAGUACUUCGGCAGCCUGCCCGGCCCUACCAACGGUGCCGCUACCUGCAUUAACAACGGCAGAUUCGCCGGCAUGUCCGUCAGCCUGGGUCCCGGCAUGACCACCAACAACCCUCACUGCCUGCAGCGCGCCGUCAACGAGGGUGUCACGGCGCAGACCGGUCUGAGUGCGUGGGAUGCGUGCUUCUCGCGUUCAUCGUACCCUGACUUCCACAGUUGCGUCGAGUUCACUUACCACGCGCAGGGCCACAACGGAAUGGGCGGCAUGAUGGCGGACGCGAUCGCGUCGCCUGGUGACCCGGCCUUCUUCAUGCACCACCUAUUCGUCGACUACGCCUUCCGCAAGUGGCAGAUCGAGGACGUCCAGCGCCGCACGACGAUCAGCGGCUGCGCCGAUAACAAGAACUGCUCGCCGUUGACCCUCGACACCAUGGUGUACGUGGGCCAGAUCUGCGGCGCCAAGUGCCCCGACCUCCGCGUCCGCGACAUCCUCAACACCAUGGAGGGCCACUUCUGCUACCGCUACAACUACUAAGCUUCCUGCGCUUACGGUGUGUUAGAGCGAGGCCGAGUUCCCUUGGAAAGGGUGGGGGGGCUGAGUAAGAAGGGGAGAAGAGAGGAGAAAGGGCGGUUUGGGGUAAUCAGAUUUUUUCGAUAUCCCCUCCCCGGGCCGCGGCGGCCCACUGCCACACGGACACACGUCUUG